AUUGGCAAGAAUCAAACAGUGAAGAUAAUAGUAAAAAUAAAGAGUCACUUAAUAUUAACAAACAAAAUUCAACAACUUUUAUUAGCAAUAAUUCAAUUGAUAGUGCAAAUAAACUCAAACCUUCUAAGAUAAUAAAUAUUGAUUAA